UAGGAGGGUUUGCGCUGAGGUGGAAGUGAAGCAGUAGGCGGUGAGGCGGUGGCACAUCUAUCGAGGGCAGGGCGGUACUGGGGUGGAACGUUGCCCUGGAGCGCGCCGCACGUACCGAAGGGACGCGCUGAUUGACAGUCGGAGGCACGGAGCGCCCCGUGCGGAGCUCGCAAGCGGAGCACGCUAAUCUCACCGCAACACGUCUUGUCAACGGCAUUGUGUGAAAUUCCCAGAUAGAUCAGCCUGGCGCAGAAAAGAAAAAGAGCAAGAGUAUCCGUCCAGCGGCUCCGUUAUUGGAGGGUUUCUGGAGAAGUGGAAAGGACGCGGCGGCUCUGCAACUCUCUCCCCAUCUUCUCUCUACCUGUUCAGUGAUAAGUGGAAACAGUCUUGGCCAACCUGGCGCCUCAAAGUGUCCGGAUAACGGGAGUGGGUGGACGCAAAGGUCAGAAUGCACCAAGCAAUCUGAGCGAACAAAGAUUUUUGUCGAUUUCUUUUUGUGGACUAAAAGGACUGCGCUUGGUGCUUGAUCAAGAUAAAUUUUUGGGGGGAGAGGUUGCUCUUUUUUUUUUUUUUUAAUUGUUAAAUGCAAAAUAAUCGCGUUUGUGAAUCUGUUUUUAAUUUCCAGGAGAUUGUAAUAGAAGAAAACUCUUUCUAAUUGGAAUAUUGGAUACAGAAGCAGGAAAGUCUGGAGGAAUUUAGUCUAAGUUCCCUUGGUGCGUAAUGUGUGCAAGUGCCGCAUAAGUACUUUUGCCUUGUCCGUUUUUCUACGUCCAGUACCCCCAUUUUUCUUUCUCAUGGAGUAGGCUGAAUCGCAGGUAAAGACUUAAAAAGAGUGGGCUUAUUCCCUGCCGCCCCGAAACACAGGCGGAUUCGAUGCGCCGAUUCUUCGUGUGAUGGUAAAUGACCGAUGGGGAAUCAUGAACAGCUCUUCUGAACUCGAAGAUGGAACUCGGCAUAAAAACCAGACGUUCUGUGAAUGUGUGCCCAGCUCCUCUCAACUCAAACAUCGCUGGUCAGAUUCAGAAACAGCCAGGGAGACCCCAGCUAAGAGGAUGAGCUGCAGCUACCUGCUCUGCACUAUCCUUCUCUUCGUGGCUGUAUUGCUGGCUGUCACUGUAACUGGCACCAUCCUUUUCAUGAAUCACUAUCAGGCUCCACCCAUGUCUGAUGGCCUACCCCACAUUUCUACCAACCAGGAUGAAGCCAAUGCCCUGGUCACUGUUGAGAGAGGCGAUGGCUCUCGCAUUAACAUCUUCAUUGACCCCAACUGUCCGGAUUACAACAGUAACUUUAUGCGACUGGAGGGUGUGCAGACCUCAUUGCUCCACUCACUGACCGACCACGACUCCGACUUGAAGUCUGUGAAAGGACAGGAUCGGGCUCUGCUUGUCAGUCUGGCUGAGGAGGUGGCCAAGCUGUCAGCCCACGCAGGCCAACUGAAAAUGGACUAUGAAUCUCUACGCAGGGGGCAGAGCAGCCUCGGGCAAGACCUUAACACACUGCAAACGGAACAGGGACGCCUCAUACAGCUGCUGUCAGACAGCCAGAUCAACAUGGUGAAGGUAGUGAACUCGGUUAGUGAUGCUCUUAAUGCCAUGCAGAAGGAGAAUGUGGGUCUGAAGGCACGUGUCAAGGCUGACUUACAAAGGGCACCAGUCAGAGGUGCCCGCUUCAAGGGCUGCUCCAACGGCUCACGUCCCCGUGACUGUGGUGAUCUGUAUGCCAGUGGACAGAGAGAAGAUGGCAUCUAUUCUGUGUUUCCUAUUCACCACCCUUCAGGCUUCCAGGUCUACUGUGACAUGACGACAGACGGUGGAGGCUGGACGGUGAUUCAGCGCAGGGAGGACGGCUCAGUCAACUUCUUCAGAGGAUGGGAAUCUUAUCGUGAGGGAUUUGGCAAGAUCACCGGAGAACACUGGCUGGGGCUAAAGCAGAUCCAUGCCCUGUCCAUCCAGGGGAACUAUGAGCUACGUAUCGACCUGGAGGACUUUGAAAAUAACACAGCGUACGCCCAGUACGGCACCUUCGGAGUGGGCCUCUUCUCGGUGGACGCCGAUGAUGACGGAUACCCUUUGACUGUGGGAGACUAUUCAGGCAAUGCAGGUGAUUCUCUGUUGAAGCACAAUGGAAUGAAGUUCACCACCAAAGACAAAGAUAACGACCACUCGGAGAAUAACUGCGCCUCCUUCUACCAUGGCGCGUGGUGGUACCGAAACUGCCACACCUCCAACCUUAACGGCCAGUACCUGCGCGGUCAGCACACCUCCUAUGCCGAUGGCAUUGAGUGGUCCUCCUGGACUGGCUGGCAGUACUCCCUCAAAUUCUCCGAGAUUAAGAUACGCCCGACCCGCGACCCAGAGAAUAAAUGAAACUGACACGAGAAGGAAAAAAAAAAAAGAAGAAGAAAAUUUUCAAACAUUAUAAACCACAGUUUCUGACAGCUUGAUGGAGUUACUUGUCUCGAUAUUGUUUAUUCACUAAAACGUGCAUCUUUGACUUUAGUUGACUCUGCUGUUUUCUCGUGAUGUCUCUCUUCCAUUUUUUUGCUCCUCUUCCUCGCUCACUCAGCUACUAGUCACCCUGGCUACCUUAAUCCUUCCCGUGGUCCCAUUCUUUGAGAAAUUAAAUAACCCGGACGCUCUUAUUUUUGAACGUUUAGUUCACAAAAACAGCUUACCAGAGCCCUGAACCAACAACAGUCCACUGCUCCGGGUCUGUCAAUGUGGUCCAGCCCCCCUCUGAAGUAAAAUGGGUCCCCUGACAUCAACCUGACCUAACCUGUGCUGACAUGGCACUCAGUUCCACUGCCCACUCCUGUAAAAUAUGUGAAGACAACCCCCGUUCACAAAACAUGAAGACAGAAUAUGGAAAUUAUUCAACCCCGCAAACCCCACCUCCACCCUCUGCAAAGAAACUCUCAAGUUUUACCAGGGAGAAGGGGACAGGGCAGUGGUGCACUACGUCACAUUUACAUCUUUGAUCUGUCCGAAUGAGCCCCGGCAGGGAAAGUGGCGAGAAGUACGGGCGCUCCGAUAAUGAGAGCGAGACGGAGAAAAUGAGGAAACAAUUUGACAGGAGCUAAAUUGGUGGAAGGAAUGGGGGGGCAGAGUGAAUCAAACUGGGGAGAUGAAGUAGGUGAAGAAGAAGAAAAAGAAGAAGAGGUGCAAGAAAAGGAUGGGGGGGAAAAGAAGAGACAGUGGAGGAUGUCAUUCAUCUGACUUGGACCAUUAGGGAGCAUAUUGGGCACUUUGUCUGAUCUGCCUGCCAGCUGAGUACUGGCCAACUGAUGCAGCACUCACAGAUGGUAACCCAGCACUUUGUGUGUGUGUGUGUGUGUGUGUGUGUGUGCGUGUAAGAGAGA